AUGGAGCUGGCUAAUACCAAAGAUUUCCAGUGGAAAACCCUCGCCCCGCUCCCAAGCUGCAGGGUCUACUCGACCUUGGUGGAAGCUGGCGGGCAAGUGUUUGCCAUCGGGGGCUGCGAUGACAACGGGGUCCCCACCACGGCGCGGGCGGGGGUGGCGGUGGCCACUUUGGGCAAGCGGAUCAUGGUGAUAGGAGGGGUCGGAGUCAAUCAGAUGCCGCUGAAGAUAGUGGAGAUGUACAACAUCGACGAGGGCAAGUGGAAGAAGAGGAGCUCGCUGCGAGAGGCAGCCAUGGGCAUCUCGGUGACGGCAAAAGACUACAGAGUCUAUGCAGCGGGUGGGAUGGGAUCUGACCUGCGGCCACACAACUACCUGCAGCACUACGACAUGCUCAAGGACAUCUGGGUGUCGCUGGCAGCCAUGCCCACACCCAGGUACGCUGCCACGUCCUUCCUGCGAGGCACCAAGAUCUACGUGCUGGGUGGAAGGCAGUCCAAGUACGCUAUCAAUGCCUUCGAGGUCUUUGACACAGAGACCCGGUCCUGGACCAAGUUUCCCAACAUCCCCAACAAAAGAGCCUUCUCCAGCUUCGUGCCCACAGAAGACAAACUCUUCAGUCUCGGGGGCCUGCGGCAGGGCCGGCUCUACCGGCAGCCCAAGUUCAUGAGGACCGUGGACAUGUUUGACAUGGAGCAAGGUGGCUGGAUGAAGAUGGAGCGCUCCUUCUACCUGAAGAAAAGGCGAGCAGACUUUGUGGCUGGCUACCUGAAAGGCAGAGUCGUCGUGGCUGGAGGACUAGGAAACCAGCCGACUGUCCUGGAGUCCGCAGAGGCUUUCCACCCUGAGAAGAACAAGUGGGAGAGCCUGCCCCCCAUGCCCACCCCGCGCUGCGCCUGCUCCAGCAUCGUGGUGCGGAACUGUCUGCUGGCCGUCGGCGGGGUGAGCCAGGGGCUGAGCCGUGCCGUGGAGGCUCUCU